AUUGUAAACUUUCAGCUAUUAAAUAAAUGCAAUAAGUUAUCCAUUUAUACUUUUAAAAAAGUAUAUAUAGAUGCUAUCUUGGAGUUUAUGGGUUAUUCUGUUUUCUGAUGAUAACUUGUACUAGCAUUUUUAUUCCAUUGUUAGGGUCAAUUUUAUCCCACCUUCUUUCUUUCUUUUUUCCCUGAGGGGCAUAAUGUUUGCCAAGUUCCAGAAUUAAGUAAGAAAAUAGAACCUGACGUUAGUUCUAAUUCUGAGUUAAAGAAUCAGACUCUUGAUUUUGCCUUGACAAUUUCCUUGUUUGAUGGUGGCAUUACAAACAGCAUUAUUUGCUGGAAGCUGAACUUCUACCUACUUUUUAAAUUUUUUUAAAAUAUUUUAUUUUUUAGUUGUAGUUGGACACAAUACCUUUAUUUUAUUUAUUUAUUUUUAUGUGGUGCUGAGGACCAAACCCAGGGUCUCGCACAUGCUAGCCGAGCGCUCUACCACUGAGCCACAAUCCUAGCCCCUGAACUUCUACCUAUUAAUGCCUUUUCCUGAGUCACAGCAUUAACUUCCUGUCCUUUUACUCCUUUGCUUACUGAUAAAAGAGUGGUCAAUACGUACACUCCUGCUAAGUGUUAGGGAGAAUUGUAAAAUGCCUGUUAAGUUUAUGUUCAAUCAAAGAUUGAUACAGGAAAACAACAAUCACUUUCCUUCGGAAGGGGUGUCAGGAGGCUUAGAACUAGCAAAUAGGAUAGCUACCAAGAGUAAGAAUUGAAAUUCUGGUUUUUAGUUCAUGUGCCCCAAACUACUUCUGACCCCUUAAUUUUCAGCUUUCUACAUUUUUAGUGAGACCCACUCAGUAAAGUGAGUAUCUCCCAUAAAUGUCAGUCAUAUCUUUGUUCCAUAAUCUCUAGACAAUACAGGGAUGGUGGCAAAAAGUUUCCCUGAUGCCCUGUUUUGCUCACCAGAAAUCCAUUAGUUUUCUGAGAGUUAAAUGGAGGAUAGAAAGUUGCCUGUAGACUUUUGAAAAUGAUAUUCAGUGUACUACUCACCCUACCACCCUCCCUGCAAAGAAACCAAAACAAUAAACUUUUUUUCUUUUUUUAGUGUUUACUGUCAUGUAGAUUCCAAGUUGAGUAUAAUUGUCAAAAUUUAAAUUUCUUAAGCACUACUGGGUUUAAUGUAUGAAUGUUAUACAGAUAUAAAAAGUUAUAUCCGUUCCUCAUAGUAGGUUAGCAAGAUCAAACAAACCUACCAUCCAAUAGCCUGUUUUUAACUUAUUUCUCAGGUUGUUUUAACAAUAAAACCAAAUGAUGAUGUUUUGAAUGAAGUUCUUCUACACCAAAAGGUGUUUUUUGAGCCCUGAGUUAUAUAAUAAAUAUUAGAAGGUAUUGAUGUUUGAAGUAGACUACAGUUUUAUUAAAUAAUGGCUACUUGAAAGACUAUCUUCCUGGUCAACGUAAAUCAUACCCUGUCCCCACACAUGCCCCCAGUACUGGAGAUUGAACUCAGGGUUCUUUACCACUGAGCCAUGUUUCUACCCCCUUUUAAAAUUUUGAGACAAGGUCUCAUAAGUAUGGGAGUUUUCACUUGGCGGCCGGCGCGGUGAGCGCUGCCCACGGCCCCCGCGCGGCCCUCCCCACAAAAGGCCGCAGAGGUGCGUGGCCGCCGCGGAAAUUUGUUGCACUUCUUAGGGCUUUGUUUGUUUUUCCUCGGGAUUUUCCCCCCUUUUUCGUUAUUUUGGACAAAAUGUCGGUCCGUGAUGUAAAAAUUGAGCGAGGAACCUUGGUGGCAUGGGGAGCUUUGCAGAAGGUGCAGUUUGGAUUCUGCUUUUCCCAGGGUGGCUGCUCGGUCUUGGCCUGAUGAAUCUUCGCUGCUGGCCAUGGAAACGGCUAGGACAGCUUGUUAGUUGAUUUUUAAAUUUCCGAGUGUUGUGUUUAAAGGUUUUACGUGCAUAGAGGAGGAAUCUCCACCUUAAAUAAGCAUAUGGGCGAUUAACAGGUUUUCCAAGCGAUAACUUCAUCAAGAUGUCCAGUGAUAGGCAAAGGUCCGAUGAUGAGAGCCCCAGCACCAGCAGUGGCAGUUCAGAUGCGGACCAGCGAGACCCGGCCGCUCCGGAGCCUGAAGAACAAGAAGAAAGAAAACCUUCUGCCACCCAGCAGAAGAAGAACACCAAACUCUCUAUCAAAACCACUGCUAAGUUAUCCACUAGUGCUAAAAGAAUUCAGAAGGAGCUAGCUGAAAUAACCCUUGAUCCUCCUCCUAACUGCAGUGCUGGGCCUAAAGGAGAUAAUAUUUAUGAGUGGAGAUCAACCAUACUUGGUCCACCAGGUUCUGUAUAUGAAGGUGGUGUGUUUUUUCUGGAUAUCACGUUUUCAUCAGAUUAUCCAUUUAAGCCACCAAAGGUUACUUUCCGCAGGAGAAUCUAUCACUGCAACAUCAACAGUCAGGAUAUCCUUAAAGACAACUGGAGUCCUGCUUUGACUAUUUCAAAGGUUUUGCUGUCUAUUUGUUCGCUUUUGACAGACUGCAACCCUGCGGAUCCUCUGGUUGGAAACAUAGCCACUCAGUAUUUGACCAACAGAGCAGAACAUGACAGGAUAGCCAGACAGUGGACCAAGAGAUACGCAACAUAAUUCACAUAAUUUGUAUGCAGUGUGAAGGAGCAGAAGGCAUCUUCUCACUGUGCUGCAAAUCUUUAUAGCCUUUACAAUACGGACUUCUGUGUAUAUGUUAUACUGAUUCUACUCUCUGCCUUUAUCCUUUGGAGACUGGGAGACUCCCCAAAAAGGUUUGAUGUUGAGUGCUUCAGAUCUGGUCACUAUGGUACGAGAACGAAAAUGCAUAUUGUGCCACAUUGCAUACAGCUCAAAAAAGGU